GAUAAAUGUAUGUAGUGUAUUCAGUGUAUUUAGCUUGAUCAACAUUCCAAGGAUUACAUGAUUUUAUAGUAGAAAAUAAGACAUAAAAGAUUCGGGCGACAUGGUCGCCAUGUUCGAAUUGAUAUGCAGAUCAAUAAUCAGGAUCCGCGGAAUCCUUUGUUGAUUGUGUGAAUAUCUUGAAAAGACGUCGUUGAUGUAGUUUGUCGUACGGAGUCGCCAUGUAGCUUUUGUCAUGAUGUCCAGAGACACCAUGUAUAGAUUGUUUAGAUAAGCUUCUACUACUAUGUCCAGGGUCACUGUGGACAUUUCUUUAUAUAAGCUCGCCCUGGCAUCCAAGGCUAUAGUGCACUCUGGUCUUCUACUUGCGUCCAUGGUUGCUAUGGACGUGCUCUUUGGAUAAGCUUACCAUGACAUCCAUGGUUACUCCGUACUCCCUAUUCUUCUACUAACUCUUGUCCAUAGUCGCCAUGUACAGUCUUUUAUCUCCUAACCCGCCCAUGGUCACCACGUACGAGCUCUUCUUAUACCUUAUCAUCAUCCGUACAUAGUUACCGUGCACAUGAACCUCUAACUCACUUUCAUCCAUGUUAAUCCGAUCAAUAUUUAUCCAUGGUUGGGAUAAUUAUACCAUCACAAGCCCCCACUCCCUAAGCCAAAUAGCAUAUUGGCGAUAGGGAGUAUAGGCAUAGUUGCCGUGUCAAUGUUGAUAGACAUAGUUGCCGAUUCAAUGUUGAGUGUACAUGGUCACCAUGUCAAUUUUUGUUUUUUGUCUUUACCCAUUCAAUCAUUUUAACUAAUUCAAUUUUCCUUUUCUUUUACUGAAGUGUGCAGCUCAUGACUCCAAAUUUACUUCCUUCCUAGCAGCUUCGUUGGUGAGGGUCAAGGACUGCCAUACUGCCCAGGUCGCAGCUCGUCGGCAGCCACCAGCCGGUCAACGUCUCCAGCCGCCACCAGCGUCCAAUUACGCAACCAGCCUACCCACGUUCGAAGUUCUUGCCUGCCGUCGUACUCCAUCCGCCCCAGACGGUCGCUGCGAGUAAACAGAGCACCCCAACCACACUGGCGGUGUCCCUAUAGCCUGGCAUUAGCGCACUCCGGUGACCUCAGGGACUGUGCCGUCGUCGUCUGUCAUCCUGCCAUCGCCGUCUUCCACCUGCGUCGUCGUUGUCCCGCUGAAGGUCUGAAUCAGAUUCUGCCGCCGUUGCUGUUAGAAUACACAGAUAUGACAUCGCGGUUGGAGAUGUUCCAAAGCUUCGACCAGGAUGGGCCUCGCGGUAGUGACCAGGGGCGCUCUGACAAGAAACCAAGGGUUCCCUCCGUCACAAAAGGCAAGGAUGCCAUUGUAACUGUGCCUUCAUCCAUUGCAAAACGCAGGGCCGCUAGCCCCGCAGCCCGCGUCACCCGUAGCAUGAGUGAUAUUCCCACGGCGGGGAUGACUACUUGGUUACGAGGUAACCUUGAGUUACCUCCGCUCUUAUCACAGGUGAUCACGGCGACUGAGAAGGAGAAAAUUUCAACACUUGACCAUGCUGCUUUAGAGAAGAGGAGCCACCAUGGCCUGGCCGAGCUACUGUUGUCCAUCUCCGAGGUGAACCGAAGGAAAGAUGAGCGCGAGAAAGAUUUGUCGCUACAACUCACCGAAUUAGCGAAGGAGGUGGCAUCGCUCAAGCUCGUGCAUGACUCACAUGCAGCCGAGGUCACUGCGCUUAAAGAAAUGCACACCGUGGAGUUGGCCAAUGCAAGGGGGCGGGCCGUGGAUGCAUACAAGAAUUCUCCAGAGUUCGUGUCUGAUCAGGAAGCAUACAUUAAUGCCCACUUGAACGAUAUUAGCAAGCAUUGGUUGUCUACUCCGGAAGGUCGUGAGAAACUGGCCUUAGAGAGCUACAUCUCCUACCAGAUCGGGAUAUAUGCCACUCAACAGAAAAUAUAUCCUAUCUUGAGGGAUAAGGCUGGUACCUCUUGCAUCACUGAUUGGGGACUUCCUCCUGAGGUUCCCAACCCUGAGAUCCCGGUAGCCAACACGCCCCUGGACUAUAUUCCUUUUGACAGACUCCCCACUGAUGAGGAGCUUGGCGAUCUUCCUUCCGAGACAGAUCACCCAGCUUCGACUGCUUCUGUGCCUUAGAGCAUGGGAGUGACGGAUGGACGUAGUGUAGACUUUAAUUCUGUCAUGUCUUCAAUUAUGAGUACCUGAAUUGCUAAACAUGUUUUGAAUUUCAUAAAAUAAUAAUGAUGCAUG